AUGCCGGCCGCCCACCCGCGGGACGAGGACCCCGCUCUGCCCGGAGGGACCCCGGGGGCUGAGCCCAGCCUGCAGGGCCUGGAGAGGACGGUGCUUGGGCCUGGCCGGAACGGGAUGUGGCCGCGCCCCCUCCCUUGCGCUCUCACACCGCUCCCGGGGCACCGGGGCCGGGGACCUUCCCACGGAGCAGGGGCGACUCUGACCCUCACGCACGGCCUGGCUCACACCGUGGGCGGUUCUAGUCUCAGCACAGCCUCCAGGGCCACGAUUCAACCCCUCGGAGAUGCAGAGACCACGACGGCCCAAGUGCAGUCCGCUCCGGCCCGAGGGACAGCUCGGGCAUCCGGCACAGUGGAGGCCACCUGUGGAGUGGGUGACCAAGAGCCUGGGAGUGGCCGUUCAGAGCCCCGAUGUGCUUCGGUGAGGUCACGCUGCUGGGGCUCCAUCCCUUUCGCCUGCUCCUGUGGCCCUUUCUUCCCGACUCCACAGCAACUGGGGCCUGACCGAGUAAGUCUAGGGGAAGGCCUGACCUCCGGUCACCAUCUCAGGCUGUGCUCGAAUGUGAGACGCACACUCGGCCUGCUGUCUGAGGUCCGAGGCCGGCCGCCUGGGGAGACUGGUGGACGGACUCCCAGUGCCCGCCCUGAGGUCCUGCAGAACCACCCAGAAGGCACCGCACUGCGGUCUGCACCGAACAAGCACGUGCCCGCCUUUACAACCGGAGCCCUUCGGAACUCCAGCAUGGAGUUUAAAGAGGAGCUAGCGGUUUGGAGGUUUCCCCUCUAAAGACACGUGAUCGGUUCCUCCCUUCAUCAAACGUGCAGAAGCGGCUGGCAAGGCGUGGGGUCCAGCAGGAGCAGCCAGACUCCGGGGUCCCCAGAGGAGGCCGGGGGCGGGGGCUUCCCCAGAAGCGGCUGCGGUCGGGGAGCCGUGAGGACAGAUCCCUCCUGGUCUCUCCGGCCCGAGGACCCACGGAGCUGAGGGCCAUGGGCACGCCCGCAGGUCCGCACACCUCAGCCCUCCCCCUACG